GUACUAUUAACAAGUGACAGCAACAGCAACAGCACCACCACCAACAACAGCAACAACAACAACACUAUCACGAUCACCACCAACAAUAAUGGAUAAUUACGAUUCGAGCGAGACAGAAGCUCAUAUUUCCGGAGACCCAGCCGCCAUCGACUACGACAUCAACAGAGACCUUCUUUUCAUGGGCAGAAAACACGCAGUUGAUGACGACCACGUUAGUGGCUUAUCCGGAAAACAUUCGGCGGAGAUUCCCGAGAACGAUGUCGGAGUGGUUGUUAUGUUCGGCACACCGAUCAUCUCUUUGUAUGUCGAAGGCAAAGAAAGGCUGUGCUUGGCGCAGAUCUCGAACACUCUGCUUCGUCAGUUCAGUUACAAUGAAAUCCACAAUCGACGCGUGGCCUUGGGUAUCACUUGCAUGCAGUGUACCCCGAUUCAACUGGAAAUUCUCAGAAGACUUGGUGCCAUGCCAGUGUCGUCUCGGCGUUGUGGGUUGAUAACCAGACGAGAAGCCGAACGUCUGGUAAAGUCAUUCCUCGAAGACAACUCACCGCCGACACUACCAGACAAUUUUUACUUCAAAGUUUAUCAUAAAUGUGGCUGGGGAUCUCAAGGACACUUCAUUCCGACAAGAUACAACAGCUCCCGAGCAAAGUGCAUCAAGUGCAUCUAUUGCAAUGUAUUUUUCUCCCCAAACAAAUUUAUAUUCCAUUUUCAUCGUCUGCCAAAUACGGUGUACAGACAUGCCGACGCUGCAAACUUCAAUUCUUGGCGCAAACAUCUUCACUUGGCUGAGCCUCUACCCUCAGAAGAUAUUAUUCAUGCUUGGGAAGACGUCAAAGCCAUGUUCAAUGGGGGUAGCCGCAAGAGACUUGGCGGCACUCUGCAAUUGGACCCGAAGACAAAGAGUAAAGACGUAGGUUUUGUUCCUUACUCCCAAAAAGAGAAUUCUGGAGAUGUCGACGUUCCUAUAUCCCUGGCCGAAAGGUUUCACACGGCUCCUUCUUAUCCUGUAAACCCUGUAUACAACACAGCUGCUUCUUCGCUAUUAACAAGGACCCACCCCGCUUUCCCUAAACCACGUGUUCCGACCAGUUAUGGAGACUUCUUCAGGUCUCUAAGUGCCCCUUAUAGCAUGUGGUGGAUGAAAUAUGCACCGCUAUCGGCUGGUUACAAUAUCAAUCAGCUUCCAAGGCCUCCUUUGGAAAUACCUGGAAUGUCUCAACCGUGGUUACCAAAUUUAAAAAACAUCCCAGACCUUAACAUAUCACCGGAUGUCAACAGCAAAACACCUUUGAAAUAUAACCCCUGUGACUAUGGAGACCAGUGGAACUGGUACGGCCUGAUGCCGAACCAUUUCCAAACCCAGCACGCAGCAAACUCUUUCGACAGGCCCGACUUAGAAAGCAAUAUCUGCAGUAUGAAAAAACACUACGAUGAUGAAAUAAACGUGACCAGCAACACAUGCAAACAUCAACCUAGUCACAGUAAUAACAGUAACAAUAGUAAUAACAGCAACAGUAGUAGCAGCAGCAGCAGCAAUGCUCCAAACACAGACGAUAGAAAAAUACUGUCAGUCCACCAUGAUGACUUGAAUAGCGAUAACUGUUCGUAUUUCGAUGAGAAUGAAACAGAAGUAUCGAGUCCGAAAUAUUCCAGAAGAGAUUCUGAUCAUGUGAAUAUUCGGUCAUCGUUUUCUCCUGUAGGUGAACCGGCACAACAUUUAACCAAUCAGAAAGAACCAAAAAAAGGCGCAUUUACCUUAAAGGCAAACAUAUUGGCAACAGAUGAAGAGUCGCUUUCGGAUGGCGAAUUAGAGAAAAUGAUUCCUGAAAAUAUUCAACUUGAACAAAUUUCGAUAGAUAAUUUGAGAAAAAUGUUAACCAAAGCCAAGAAACUUCGAAAAAGGGCAGAAAAGGACAAGAAAAAAAUUCAAGACUCAUUUGACGAACAAAACAUGAAGCAUGGUGAAUUCAGAGAGAAAAUGAUAAAAGAAUCAGAAAACAUUAAAGCUGAAUAUGCAACAAUGAUCCAAGAGGAACGCAGUACAAGUCUUGUUAUGGAAGAAAAAUUGAAAGAAAGCCGGAAUGCCUUGAACGAAAUUUACAGCAAAAUGUCGCUUAAUCAGCGUUGUUCUGAAGUUAAAACUGCCGAACAUAACUCUUCAACAAAUGUAAAUUUGGCCUAGUUGUCACAAGAUAUUAGACACGAAACCACCAAAAUAAAGGAGAAAGAGACUCUAUGACAGCAUUGAACCUGGAAUUAACGAAUGUCAAAAUAACUCUUCGGUUCUUAUGCAAGAUAUGAUGUGUGCAAUAUCGGGAAUGAAUAGAUACGUUGUUGUGUUUUAUAAAUUGUUCCAGAAAUGCAUGUAGCAUAAUGUUACCGCUAUGAUUAAAAAACAAAUAAAAAAAGACAGAAUUCUCUUAAUAUGUUGCAGAAUGAGGACCUGCCUACAAAAUUUUAUGACUGUACCUGUGGGUUGACUUAAGUCAUAAAACCAGCAUCCUAAAUUAUUUGAAUAUAUAUAUAUAUAUAUAUAUAUAUAUAUAUAUAUAUAGAGAGAGAGAGAGAGAGAGAGAGAGAGAGAGAAAUAGAGGGAAAGAAAGAGGAGGAAGAGAGAAGGAGAUAAAGGGAGAGAGAGGGAGAGAAAGAGACUUUUUUGAAAGCAGUAAAAAUUUAAACAAGUUAAAUCUAAAAAUGACUUGUUUUAUAAAGUCUUAGAAAACUGGACGAUUUUUAUGCUUAAUAUAAUUUAACAAUUUCCUUCGAUUCUCUUUCACAAAA